AUGUCGCCUUGGCGGUUUGACUAUAACGAUGCCGCUACGAACGCAGCUUCUGGCGAAACUGCGCCUGUGAGAGGAUCUAGCAGCGUACGGCAGAGGAGGCGGGGGUUUUCGCGCAGAGGAAGGGCGGGGGAACGGGCAGGCGGAGGCGCGGAUUCGUCCCCCUUGACGCCCGCCGGCGCGCGGACGCGGGGUGCUGCGCGCCUGUGGGCCGGGCGGAACAGCAGCGCGUCCGCAGAUGGAGAGUCUCCCAGGGGAGCCGGGGGGACCGCCGCCGUGGCUGCUGCUGCGGCGGCUGCGGCUGCCGCGGCGGCGGCUCUAGCAGCAGCGGAAGAGGCGUCAGGAGGAGGAUUUGUGGACGUUCCCCUUGACGGAUUCCGUCAGAUGUCUUCGUGGCUCUCCAGCAUCCCCACCGCAUCUCACCGCAUCAGACCGCAGAUCAUCUUCCAGAGGUAUAGCAAUCUCCCUGUGCUGCCCCCUCUGCCGGAUCAGGACGAUGGGGAUGACGGCCCACCGCCCGUUGUUGCCACCCGCCCGGCCACGGCUCACUCCAGUCCAAGCCCUGCCGCCCUGGCCCGCGCUGCAGUCGCUGCUACGGUGACUGAUUCGCCGCUGGUGCUGUUUCGAGAUAGGGAGAGGAGCCGGGAGAGGGAGGGAGGAGGGGAGAGGGAGAGGGAGAGGGAGAGGGAGAGGGAGAGGGAUGGGGAGAGGGAGAGGGAUGGGGAGAGGGAGAUGGGUGGAGAACGGGAGAGGGAGCGGGAAAGGGACAGAGAGAGGGAGCGGGAGAGGGAGCGGGAGAGGGAGCGGGAGAGGGAAAGAGGUGGGGGUUUAUCGUCGGCUCGUCUCCCAAGGUGGUUGCGGUCGCGCCGUGCCAGAAGGAAUGGUGAGGCCCUUUUGCUAACCCACUCCACUCUGCCGCCUCUUCUCUCAUGCUCCCCACCGCUUCCCUACACUUGUCUCCUCUCCCCUCCACUCCUCUCCCCUCCACUCCUCUCCCCCUCCCUUUCUCCUUCUUUUAAUCCUCCCCUCCCCUCUCCUCCCCUCGCUUUCCCCCCGUGUUUCCUCUCCCCUCCCGUCCCCUCCCCUUUCCCCCCUUGUUUCCCCUCCCCUUUUUUCUCCCCUUUCCCAUCCCCUUUCUCUCCAUUUUCCCAUCCCCUUUCUCUCCACUUUCCCAUCCCCUUUCUCUCCACUAUCCCAUCCCCUUUCUCUCCACUAUCCCAUCCCCUUUCUCUCCACUAUCCCAUCCCCUUUCUCUCCACUAUCCCAUCCCCUUUCUCUCCACUAUCCCAUCCCCUUUCUCUCCACUUUCCCAUCCCCUUUCUCUCCACUAUCCCAUCCCCUUUCUCUCCACUAUCCCAUCCCCUUUCUCUCCACUAUCCCAUCCCCUUUCGCUCCACUAUCCCAUCCCCUUUCCCCUCCCCUUUCCCAUCCCCUUUCUCUCCACUAUCCCAUCCCCUUUCUCUCCACCAUCCCAUCCCCUUUCUCUCCACUUUCCCAUCCCCUUUCUCUCCGCUAUCCCAUCCCCUUUCUCUCCACUAUCCCAUCCCCUUUUCUCUCCACUUUCCCAUCCCCUUUCUCUCAAUUUUCCCAUCCCCUUUCUCUCCACUAUCCCAUCCCCUUUCUCUCCACUUUCCCAUCCCCUUUCUCUCCACUAUCCCAUCCCCUUUCUCUCCACUAUCCCAUCCCCUUUCUCUCCACUAUCCUAUCCCCAUCCCUUCCCAGCCCCCUCCCCCUUCGUCUGAAGCACCGGAUGAUUUCUGGUGGCAGGGGGAGAUGAGUGAGGAGGACUCGGGGGUGAUCGAGGCAGCCAUGCAGGCCAUUCUCAUGGACGGACUGGCCGGCGCGCUGCAAGGAGGGGGAGGGGGAGCGCUGGGAGGGGGGCUGGGAGGGGGGCUGCAUGGAGCGGGAGGGAGGAGGUUGAUGGUGCCGCAGAUGUUGUUGUUUGAGGAUGAGGAGGCGUGGACGUAUGAGCAGCUGCUGGAGCUGGAUCGGAAUAACGUCAGGCGAGGGCUGAAGCAGCAGGAGAUGUGGAAGCUAGAUCGGCGCAAGAUGGCACAUGGGGACGAGAGGGUGGAUUGCCAGAUCUGCCUGUCUGAGGCCGUGGCAGGCGAGCUACUCACCUCCCUGCCUUGCAAGCACACAUACCAUGACGCCUGCAUCUCCCCCUGGUUCAAGACCCACCGCACGUGCCCCAUCUGCCGCUUCGAGAUUGCUGACUGA